AUAUAUUAUACACUACGACUUCAAGCUUACCAGUUUCUGUAAUCAAUGGAGAUGAGAUUGAGAGAGGACAAGGGAAUAAAACAAGAAGAUCAUCAGAAGAGUUCUUUGUCCUUGUUGAGGCAACGAUGGAAUAACCCGAGGAUCGUGCGAGUCUAUCGAGCAUUCGGAGGCAAAGACAGACACAGCAAAGUGUGCACAGUUCGUGGUCUCCGAGACAGGAGGAUAAGGUUGUCGGUGAUGACAGCGAUUCAACUCUACGACCUUCAAGAACGAUUAGGGCUGAGUCAGCCUAGCAAAGUCAUUGAUUGGCUCUUAGAAGUUGCCAAAAACGACGUCGAUUUGCUUCCUCCUUUGCAAUUCCCACCUGGGUUUCACCAACUUAACCCUAAUCUCACCGGCCUUGGAGAAUCUUUUCCCGGGGUCUUCGAUCUUGGAAGAACACAGAGAGAAACUUUGGAUCUUGAGAAAAGGAAAUGGAUUAAUCUUGAUCAUGGGUUUGAUCACAGCGAUCAUCACCAUUUCUCGAAUUCAAUCCAGAGCAACAUCACUACUUCGUCUAGCAGCUCUUAUCACUACAACCUUGGACAUCUCCAACAGUCACUACUAGACCAAUCUGGUAACGUCACUGUUGCAUUUUCCAAUAACUAUAAUAAUAAUAAUAAUCUCAAUCCUCCGGCGGCGGAAACUAUGAGUUCUCUAUUCCCAACAAGGUACCCUUCGUUUCUCGGUGGUGGUCAACUUCAACUCUUUAGUAGCACAAGCUCACAACCAGACCAUAUCGAGUAGUUCCAGCUGCAGCUUGUUUUUAUACGAUCUUUAACAAGUUGAAGAAUUUAAGUCAUGUGACAUGUAAGGCAUUUACUAUAUGUACAUAGAGAUGGAGAUUUAUAUGGUUUAAUGGUUAUUGUUGGAUUGAUUAAUCGUCACAUGCGUGUAUUUAUAAUAGACAGUCUUAUUAAAG